GUUCCAGUUUAGCCACGGUUCCCUACGCGCCUGCGAUGGGUGAGGAUGGUGGGCUGCUGCUGGUGCGGCUGCCGGAUGCGGACACCAGCGGCCAGUGCCGCCUGUCCCCAUACGACCUCUCUUGCAAAGGGCGGUCCACGCCGAUGUUGUGGUUCUACGACACCGUGCUGGACGUGGAGAAGCUGACAGCGGCACUGGAGGCGGUACUAGCCAAGGGGUACGCAGUGCUCUGUGGGCGGUAUGCAGCUCCGGAGACGGAGGGAGGUACCCCGCUGGCCGUGGACCUCAACAACAAGGGCGUUGUGUUGUACUUGGGCACCGCUACCGUGGACACACCGCACCUCCCACCAUACACUGAGCAGCCACUGAGCUCCGCCAUCCAGACCCAGGGCUACAACACGUCCGCGCAGACGCAGUGGCUGCCCCCCAAGGAGCCGAUGGACCCGGACAAGGGCAACCCGGAGGCGCCCAUCCUCGCACUAAAGGUGACUACGAUCAGUGGCGCCUGCAGCGGCACAGCCAUUGGCAUGCUGGUGCAGCAUGGCGUGGUAGAUGCCGACUCGAUGAUAGUUUUCAUGAAGAACUGGGCGGAGUGUUACCGCGGGCAGGAGACUCUCUCUGUCCCGCCGUCUCACGACCGCAGGGUGGAGCAGUGGCAGCUCCAUGGCGCUGAGUGCCCGCCCAAGCCAGACGCAUUCCGCAUUCGGGCGGUGCCAGCGGGCGAAGCGCCGCUGCCUGAGUUCGUGCCGGUCAUGCCCAGGAUCAUGGGACCGCAGGUGUGCGUGCUCCCCAUAGACAAGACCACGCUGUCAACAUGGAAGAAUGAGGCACAAAGAGCGACCGGCACGGAAGACUUCCUGUUCUCGCAGGAUGAUGUGCUGACCGCGCGGGUGUGGCGAGCACUGGCAAGGACGCGGUGUGAGCAGCUGGAGAUCUCGUGUGAUUCCGACGAAGUCACCACGUGCUCGCGCGCCUCCAACUUCAGGCAGCGCUGCUCGCCGGCCCUGGAUGAAGGGUACUGUGCGAACGGGGUGUGCCAGGUAUGGACGCAGAUGUCGGUCAAGGAGCUGCUUCGGGAAGAUGAGAGCAUGGUGGCGGCCGUGGCAAAGACGCUCCGCACGGAUUUGUCGGCGCACACAUCCGAGGUGGUGAAGCAAAGAGCACAGUGGCUGAGCUGGCAGCAGCGCCAAGGAUGCCGCACGAUCCAGAUGUUCGACGCAAAUGCUUUGACAUUCAUCCUGAGCAGUUGGAUGUUCGACUGGGAAGGUGCGGACUUCAACGCCAGGCCUGUGGGCUACGACCACGCGGCGCACACUCCCAUCGUGGCCGUGUUUGUGCCGCGGAAGGGCGUGGGCGAAGGCAAGCUUUCCGGAGGCGUCAACGUGUAUACAUGUGGAACCGAGGCUGCCGUGAAGAGGUUCUCCGAGCUGCUACUCUCCAAAUAGAUUAGAAGCAAAUCCACGUCAGGGGUUGGGCUUCAUAAUGUUCAAAAGUGGCCUGUGCCGCGUUGGUUUCCUCCUGGCGGGCUGGGUCAGAAUCGAUUCGAUGGCAUCAACUCCACCUCCUGUGGAAGACCCAAAAAGCAAAUGUAGUGAGAGUGGGAGGGUCGUGUUGAGCGCUCGCAGCAUGGAGCACUGC